AUGUUAAAGAAGGGGAGGAAAGACGUUUCAGUGAAAGAAGAGGAAGAGAAAGAGGAGGAAGACGCGUUCAGAGUGAAAGAGGAGGGGGAUGUUACAGUAAAAGAAGAGGAAGAGGGGGAUGCAGUUUUUGGAGUGAAAGAGGAAGGCGAGAUUACUGUCACAUUGGAAGAUGAAGAGUUGGAGAUUGGAGAUCUGAUUAACACCAGAGAGAUACGGGACUACCGUGGAUCCUCUGGGGAGCCUCAACAACAACAUGAUGCUGACGAGGCAGAGAAGAGUCUCUCCACAUCAGAACACCUCAAGAAACUCCAGCGGAGACCCACAGGAAAGAAAUCUCAUUACUGCUCUGACUGUGGGAAACGUUGCAGAACUUCAUCAGAACUUAAAAUACACCAGCGAGUACACACAGGAGAGAAGCCUUAUUGCUGUAAUCAAUGUGGGAAGAGUUUUACGACAUCUAGCCAUCUGAUUGUACACCAGAGAACACACACAGGAGAGAAAUCUUAUAGCUGUGAUCAAUGUGGGAAGAGUUUUAUUACAUCUAGCAUUCUGACUAGACACCAUAGAACACACACAGGAGAGAAAUCUUAUAGCUGUGACCAAUGUGGGAAGAGUUUUAUUACAUCUGGCAUUCUGACUAGACACCAUAGAACACACACAGGAGAGAAACCUUAUAGCUGUGACCAAUGUGGGAAGAGUUUUAAUACAUCUAGCAUUCUGACUAGACACUAUAGAACACACACAGGCGAGAAAUCUUAUAGCUGUGAUCAAUGUGGGAAGAGUUUUGUUCGAUCUGGCAAUCUGACAGUACACCAGAGAACACACACAGGAGAGAGACCUUAUAGCUGUGGUCAAUGUGGGAUGAGUUAUGUUCGAUCUGACCAUCUGACAGUACACCAGAGAACACACACAGGAGAGAAACCUUAUAGCUGUGACCAAUGUGCGAAGAGUUUUAAUACAUCUAGCAUUCUGACUAGACACCAGAGAACACACACAGGAGAGAACCUUUAUGACUGUGAUCCAUGUGGGAAGGGUUUUACUACAUCUUGCUAGCUGCAUUUACACAGGAGAGAAAUCUUAUGGCUGUGAUCAAUGUGGGAAGAGUUUUGCAACAUCUUGCCAGCUGACUUGAAACCAGAGAACACACAAAGGAGAGAUAUCUAAUAUCUAAUCUAAUAAAUAAAUCUAAUAAAAUUCCGGAGUUCUAAAUUGA